AUGGCGACAUCCGACAAUCCACGCUUACCGUUGACAUCGGGUUCAUUACCUGUCGUUAAAUAUAUGGAAAUGCGUGAGCAAACAGCGUCUGGCUCGUCAACUAGUAUACCCAUGGUCCCACCGUCAGCUUCGAAACCGAAAAACAAUCUCGCAAUCAAUGAAUAUGAACUUCGACGUAUGCCAACUCGACAACGACGUGUAGUCAAGAAAACCUUGAUGGCUCAUGUUGGCUACCGGCUAGGAAAACGAAAAAAUUUACACAUACAGCGGCGUUUUAUCGGCGAUUUGAUGUGUUUUCUCGGUAUGCUAGGUAUUGUUUUGAUGAUCAUUGAAAGUGAAUUGUCGUUCAAUCGUGUUGAUCAUAAAGAUUCAACGUUUAGUUUAUUUACCAAAGCGACAAUUUCUUUUUCAUCCAUUGUUCUUGUUGGCUUAGUCUUUUACUAUCAUCAUAUUGAUUUAAAUCUGUAUUGUGUCGAUAAUUCCAUUGAUGAUUGGCGCAUUGCUUUGACGCGAACGAAAAUAUGUUCGAUUGUACUCGAAGCAAUUAUCUGUAUGAUACAUCCAAUUCCAGGUCAUUUUCUUGUCGAAUGGGGUUCACAAUACGUGAAAAAAGCCGAAGAUAGCUUAAAUUUUAUCAAUCCGUAUCGGUCCAGUCAGAACACAUUGACAACUGCGAUUUUACCAAACGCAACGAUGACACCAUCGGCUAAUUUAGUAAGCGCAGUGGAGCAGUCGAAACCGUACGUACCCAUUGAUGUUAUGCUAAGUCUACCAAUGUUCUUUCGCUUAUAUCUCGUAUGUCGAUUACUAAUGCUUCAUUCUCAUUUAAUUCGUGAUGCUUCCUCGCAAUCUCUUGGUUAUCUCAACCGGGUUUCAUUUACAUUUCCAUUCGUUAUCAAGGCUUAUAUUCAACAACAUCCAGCGAUCAGUCUGACAACAUUCUGUAUCAGUUCAUUCUUCAUCGCCAGUUGGGCGAUGCGUGCAUGCGAUUUCAAUGAAAAAACAGGACAUAUGUCCUUACUCGACGCAACAUGGCUAUUCAUCAUUUCGUUUACCACCAUCGGUUAUGGGGACAUCGUUCCAUCAACAUACUGCGGACGAGGUAUUGCUGCAAUAACAGGUAUUAUUGGCGUGUUUUCCACUGCAUUACUCGUUGCAGUUAUCUCCCAAAAACUUGAAUUAACUCGCUCGGAAAAAUAUGUUCAUAAUUUCGUUGCUAAUAUUGAAUUAGCCAAAGCUUAUAAACACCAAGCAGCCAAUGUUGUUAAGUACGGUUGGAAAGUUUGGUACUUAAAGCAAAAAGGAAAACAUAUGGCUAUUCCGUAUAUUCAAGCUCAACGUCUCUUGUUAACAUCGAUGCAUUACAUGCGAAAAAUUAAACAACAGCAACGUAAAUUAAAUGAUACCUGCGUUACUCUACUCGAAGUUUAUAGUGUACAGAGUAGCACUAGUACAACAGUGGAUCAAACGUCGGAGAAAGUGAAUAUAAUGGAAGGAAAAGUUGACAAAAUGGAAGAUAAACUCAUUGAAAUCAACCAAGGCAUGGUUAUUUUACAAGACAAGAUCAAUAUAUUAUUAGAUAGAAUUCAACAAAGAUAA